AUGCGGAAAAGUUCAGUUGAGAAUCGUCAUCGUCUUUUACUCAGCACGAAGCUGAAGAUGUACAAGGCCGUCAUCCUUCCGAUGCUGCUGUAUGGAACGGAGACUUGGACAGUGUACACAAAGCAGGCACGCCGACUGAACUACUUCCACCUCAGUUGUCUUCGUCGCAUCCUGAGGCUGAGUUGGCAGGAUCGCAUCCCAAACACUGAUGCACUGGAACGGACGGGAAUCCUCAGCAUCUACACCAUGCUGAGACAAAUGCAGCUGCGUUGGAGCAGCCACCUGGUGCGCAUGGACGACGAGCGACUACCCAAACGACUCUUCUACGGAGACGCCUCCACGGGUUCUCGUCACCGAGGGGGCCAAAUUCGCCUAUACAAGGAUGCUCUGAAGUCAUCCCUGAAGCGUCUGCAAAUUAAUCCGACCAAUUCGGAAGAGCUCGCCAUCGACCGACCGACCGACCUGGAGGGGGACAGCAAAGACAGGCGCUGCGAUCUAUGA